AUGGUACAGUACGCCUUUACGCCAUGGCGUGACCGCCGCGAGCUGCUGGCUGUCCGCCGUCAGUUCUACCCCGAUCUCGUGGAAGGCCGACGAAGCGUCUCUUCUGGUCACGGACACGAUCACGGACACGGCCAGGCCAUGCCCCGGCAGUCUGUCCGGCACCAGGACGCACAGCAGUCUGCCGUUGCCCGCGUCUCUGUCUGGAUGCAGCGCGGCCACUGCCCGCACAUGGUCGAGUCUACGGCGCUGCUGGUGGCGGCUGCUCUCAGCGACGCGGCCGACUCGCCGGCGAUGGCCUCGUAUGCCGUCCGUGCAGCCUACGCGGCCGCCUUCAGUCGCUUUGUCACCGGCCUGCUCGACGGCCAGCAGGACCGUGCCCGCAAGCUGAGCAUGUACAGCCUCGCCCGCGCCAUCGGCCUGCCGGCCGCCUUUGUUGAGCUGCGCCAUCAGGCCACCCACGAGUCGCUGCCGUCGCUGGCCCGCCUGCGUGCUGCCGCCCGCCGCGCCCUGCUGUGGAUCUGGCAGUACUACUGGAUGCAGCUCGGGCCAGUCGGCACGGCGGCAGACGCGGCCGCUGCAGACGCGGCUAAGGCUGCACCGGAUGACGAGCCCUCGCCGCAAGACCGCAGCGCAGACCGGGCCUGUCGCGAGGCCGUCUUGCGCUACGUCGACGAGACCGUGGCUGCAGGCCCAGACGCUGCGAGGACAACGCUGGCAGACCCAGACCACACAGACAGAGACACCCUCGACCGCUACGUCCAAACUUGGGGCCGCGCCCGCGUCCUGGCCGUGUUGUCCGCCGUGUCGCCGACCGACAGCGACAAGGGCAGCCACAGCCGUGUGCUGCGGUGCAUACGGCUGUCGCAGGUCGUGCUGCAACAGCCACGCAAGAGGUCGGAGGAACAGAAGCAGACCGCGGACAACGUCAACCUGGUACAAGGCCGACAGGCACUCGACUCGGCCGACGCCGACGAGCAGGACCGCGUGGACGAUGUCAUGGCCUUGGACUCACAACCAGAACACGAUCCUGAAGCGCCGGCCUCCCGACCACAGUGGGCACGAUACGAGGGCGAUUGGAAACCCAAGCCCAUUGGAGUCGUGUAG